AGAAACACGUGGGCCUGAACAGAAGAAGAGAGUUUGGCUCUGUUGUUCGGACCCUCCGCCUCACGAGCUCACCUGUCUGUCUCCUCACGGGUACUAGGACGGUAACCAUAGCGGCCCCCCUCCGUCUAAGAGUGUGGAAGAGCGUGUUGUGUUUGUAAGAGUGUGUGGUCUGUGUGUGUGGAAGAGUGUGUUGUGUUGUGGCUCAGUGUGUGUUUGGAUGGCGGCGGGAGGCGCGUCCCAGACCGGCGUCGGGGAUGUGGAGGAGGACGCAUCUCAGCUGGUCUUCCCCAAAGAGUUCGAGACGGCGGAGACGCUGCUGAACUCGGAGGUUCACAUGCUGCUGGAGCACCGCAAGCAGCAGAACGAGAGUGCCGAGGACGAGCAGGAGCUGUCGGAGGUCUUCAUGAAGACCCUGAACUACACGGCUCGCUUCAGCCGCUUCAAGAACCGCGAGACCAUCGCCAGCGUGCGCAGCCUCCUGCUGCAGAAGAAGCUCCAUAAGUUUGAGCUGGCCAGCCUGGCCAACCUGUGUCCAGAGGCAGCGGAGGAGGCCAAGGCCCUCAUACCCAGUCUGGAGGGGCGGUUUGAAGACGAGGAGCUGCAGCAGAUCCUGGACGACAUCCAGACCAAGAGGAGCUUCCAGUACUGAGGAGCCCCCCCCCCCCCCCCUCCAUAUCCCCCCCCCCCCUCCUCCUCCACGAUGGGACAGAGGUUGUCGCGUGUCAAACAGGAUUUUUUUUUUAAGAAACAAUACAACCAGCAACCCCUGCAGACUGACGAUGUCACCGCUAUGACGUCACAACUGUGACGUCACCGCUAUGAUGUCAUCACUAUGAAGUCAUCACGGCUCAAACAAUGCCCAACAUUUCUUACAUUCCCCUGUUAGGUUUUCAAUAAAUGAGUUUUAUGUUUUUCUAUA